UUAUGAGAAACCACAAAGAAAAUGCAUAUGUGGACCUAAAUGAGUUUGCUAAUAUUCACAAUAACCUGAAAUCUCCUAUUCAUCUGAUCUUCCAUUUUGAUCAUUUGUCACCUCCGCAAACUGAACUUCCUCAAAUUCUUCAAUGGGAAAAAACGAUCACGACUGCUGCCCAUUUUUAUUUCCCUCCGCUGCCUAUGGCUCUCCAUCUCCGUCUCCGUCAUCAACACCGUCAUCAGAACCUUCAUCGCCGUCGACAUCCGAUUCCUACACUCUCUCUUCCUCUCAUUUUUCCCGUCGUUCUUCGCCCAGUGUUAAUUCGGAUCCUUUCGUAUAUCCUUCGGCAGACUGGGGAACUCAGAAUUAUUUAGUUAAUAAUAAUAAUUACAAUCUCAUUGAAGAAGACUGCGAAGCCAGCAGUAUUAUCAAGUCUUUACAGUGUGUAUCCAUAGGUCUACCAAAGACCAAAACGAAGCAAGAAAUAGUAGACAGAGAAGGCAUGAACAUGGAGACUGAAUUAUUCAUAAGUUCACCCGAAGCAAGAACGAAGCAAGAAAUAGCAGACAAAAGAAUGAAUAUGGAGACUGAAUUGUUCAUAGGUUCACCCGAAGCAAGAACGAAGCAAGAAAUAGCAGACAGAAAAAGCAUGAAUGUGAAGACUAAAUUGUUCGUAGGUUCACCCGAGGCAAGAACGAAGCAAGAAAUAGCAGACAGAGAAAGAAUGAUUCUGGAGACUGAAUUGUUCAUAGGUCCACCCUAAGCAAUAAUUUAAGUAAGAAAUAGCAGAUACAGAAAUCAUGAAUGUGCGGAGAUUAAAUUAAGGUUUAAUCACCAAAAAAACCCUCACUUUGUAUCCCUUUUUCAGUUGUACCCUAACGUUGCAAUUUUGUCAUUUGCACCAUAAUUUGCAUUUUUGGGUUUCAAUUCCACCCUCAAAAUUAAAUUAGACUUUUUUCACUCGGAAAAAAUUCAUAAAAACCCUUAUAAAGUACUCGUUUGAACUCUUUUCCACAUAAAAAGUUAAAAUUAAAUGACUUAUUUUAACUUUUUUCAAAUGAAAAAGAGAUCAAUUUAGUACUUGAGGGUGGAAUUGAAAACCAAAGGUGCGAAUUAGGGUGCAACUGACAAAAUUGCAACGUCAGG